AUGUCCGCCUUUCCACCCCAUAGAUCCAUCCCUUCAAUCCCCGUCAAUCAAACAAUCGCUCUCAAAUACCUCCAAGAUUAUCUCUCUCUCACAUCCAGCACACCAUAUCUUCUGCCCAACGCCAAACUCGAGCCUACGGGUCCUACAAUUGGUAGUAGUCACUCCAGCGUCACAAUUCACAAUCUUCAACGAGUUGAAGCCGGUCUACGUGGAGAAUGGCUUGCGCCAACGUUAGAACUUGAGGAAGGAAAUGCAGUGGAGAUUGCGCAAGGUAUGGAUGAUGGGACUGUGCAAGGAAGUGGGGAGGGUGACAAAAUGGAUGUGGAUGGCUGGCAAGAUAAGGAGGAAUUUGAGAGAGAGCAGAGUAUUGAGGAGGGAGAUGUAGGCUCAAGGGUUCAAAAGGUGACAAACAGGGAAGUUGAUAGCGAUCUCGAUGAUGAACCAAGCGCGAAGGAAGUUCCAGAUUUCACGAAGGCCCCGAAAGAAUUAUCUAGAAAGGAGAAGGAUGCACGAAAGGCAGAGAAAAAGGCGAGACACAAGGCGGAACUGAAAGCGAAGGAAACGAAGAAACAAUCCAAAGCAUAA